CUGAGGUUAUAAACUCUCUCUCUCUCUUCAGACAAUCUUUGCUGUAAUUGCUGUUAAACUAGAGAAAGAUCUGGGCUCUCAGGAACAGAGGCUGCUCCUCUCUCCUCCCCUCUCCGCUCUUCUCCUCCUCUCCCUCCCUUAUGCUCAGUUCGGUGUGUGUCUCCUCAUUCAAAGGGCGCAAGGGUGGGAACAAGUCGUCCAACAAAGCAUGUUACAGCGCCGACAUGACUUGCCCGUCGGAAAGCGAGAAGAUCGUCAUCAACUGCGGCGGCGUGAGGCACGAGACGUACCGGAGCACCCUGAAGACGCUGCCCGGUACGCGGCUGUCGUGGCUCACUGAGCCGGACGCGUUCAACAACUUCGACUACGACCCCAAGGCCGACGAGUUCUUCUUCGACCGCCACCCGUCCGUCUUCUCCUUCAUCCUCAACUAUUACCGGACGGGCAAGUUGCACUGUCCCAACGACGUGUGCGGGCCGCUCUUCGAGGAGGAGCUCGCCUUCUGGGGCAUCGACGAGACGGACGUGGAGGCGUGCUGCUGGAUGAACUACCGACAGCACCGGGACGCGGAAGAGGCGCUGGACAGCUUCGAGAACCCCGAGCCGGAGGUGCCCGAGGACGACCCGGUGCUCGCGGGGGACGGGGAUCUCAAGCGACUAUGUCUGCAGGAGGACGGCAGGAAGGCGGGCUGGUGGCGCGUGUGGCGACCCAGGAUCUGGGCGCUUUUCGAGGACCCCUAUUCCUCCAAAUACGCGCGGUAUGUGGCAUUUGGAUCCCUCCUGUUCAUUCUCAUCUCCAUUUCCACCUUUUGCAUGGAGACACACGAAGCUUUUAACACCAUCUACAACAGAACUGAGAACGUUACGGAGGGGAACGUCACGAAAGAGGAGAUCGUGUACGAAGUGGUCACGGACAGUUGGCUGACAUACGUGGAGGGCGUGUGCGUCAUCUGGUUCACCAUCGAGGUGAUCACGCGCGUGGUCUUCUGUCCCGACAAGGCAGAGUUCUUCAAGAGCGCGUUGAACAUCAUCGACUUCGUGGCCAUCUUGCCCUUCUACCUUGAGGUCGGUCUGAGCGGGCUGUCCUCCAAAGCGGCGAAGGACGUGCUGGGCUUCCUGCGGGUGGUGCGGUUCGUCCGGAUUCUGCGUAUCUUCAAGCUGACGCGUCACUUCGUGGGCCUGCGCGUCCUCGGACACACGCUUCGCGCCAGCACCAAUGAGUUCCUCCUGCUUAUCAUCUUUCUGGCCCUGGGAGUUCUCAUCUUCGCCACCAUGAUAUACUAUGCCGAGAGGAUAGGAGCGAGUCCCGACGACCCCACGGCGAGCGAGCACACCACCUUCAAAAACAUCCCCAUUGGUUUCUGGUGGGCUGUGGUGACCAUGACUACGCUGGGCUACGGAGAUAUGUAUCCUGAGACGUGGUCGGGCAUGCUGGUGGGGGCACUGUGUGCGCUCGCGGGUGUGCUGACUAUUGCCAUGCCCGUGCCCGUGAUCGUCAAUAACUUUGGCAUGUAUUAUUCGCUGGCCAUGGCCAAGCAGAAGCUGCCCAAAAAGAAGAAUAAACACAUCCCACGAGCCCCGCAACCCGGCUCGCCCAAUUACUGUAGGCCGGACGCCCUCGCCAUGGCCACGGCCUCGCCCCAGAGGAUCCUGGGUAACGUGCUGGGCGGUGUCCUGGGGACAGGCGGGCUCACGGGUGAUGUGGGCUGCCCUCUAGCUCAGGAGGAAAUCAUAGAGAUUAACAGAGACUCAAAGCAGAACGGAGAUGCUGCCAGCGCCGCUUUAGCAAACGAAGACUGUCCGACCAUCGAUCAGGUUCUCAGUCCAGACGAGCGCAGCCCGAUGGGCCAAACCAGAGAACGGUACCAGCAGGACAGAGCCUGUUUCCUCCUCAACACGCGAGAGUUCCGACCCACUGAUGGGAACGUGCGGAAAGUGUUAAGUUUCUAGCGUUUGGCGAAUCUUUUAAGGAGACACGGUGAGUCGCCGAAUCCUGACAGUUUUGCCGAUGGCGCCGUACCAUCCACACACUGGACAUGCGAGGAAUGUCGGAGUUGCGAGAGGGUGUGACUGGAAAGAAAAAAACACGGAAAAGGGAUUUUCCAAGGCCGGAUCUUCACACGGUAACCAAAGCAACCUCACCGAAAAUUCCGGAUCACUCCUCUUCCUUGAGACAGACUGACUCUGAACACUGCACUGACACACUGAACCAAACCAACCGACAUUCCAGUGAAAACACAAGAUGGUUUGACUGCCGCACUGGUUUCUGUAUAUUCGUCUAUAUGUGAGAAUGAAGGACCAAGUUCGAAUAAUUAUGUAGCAUUUCUGCUAAGACCCUGUAGCAUCUCUUGGCUGGGAGAAUCUCCAACAACCUUUUUAAAGACUGAUGUUCAUUGACAGUUUGCACAGAAUGACUAAAUAUGGCUUAGUCAUGCACAACGUUUUUCUUGUUGUCCCCACUCAGCAUUUUAGCCGCCAAGUGUGUCCGUGCUUCGCCGUGUGGUAGUUUCCAUUCGCCGUCCGAGAAAACGAGUCUUCGAGAAGCGUUUCUCUCUUUUUGAGUCCAACUAAAGCGGGGCAAGCGAAGCGCCGUCGCUUUUCCCAAACAGUCUUCCAGUUUUCCCCGUGAGUGCAGCGUCGAAACACACGGUCGGUCCCGACAGACCAAAGUCCGUUUCCUCUGACCAAAUAACGCACGAGAGUUCAAAUGGCACAAAACAACCCAAACCGGAUCAAAGCGGCGACGUCUUUGUCCCUUUAAACGCGAACAGAUUGGCUGUACUGCCAUGGUUACGGUCCUUUUAAAAGAACCCCUGAAAAAUUGAGGAACGUUUCUAAUUCCCACAUUAAGCCUCUCUUGUUCCUAAAUUACACAGAUUAUAGAGAAUUAUUUUGUCAUUUCGUUAAUGAUUUAUUUUGUAUUACGUAGAGCUAAUUAAUGCUGCCAUAGAUGAUGCGCGUGCACACGCAAGAGUCCUCGGACCAAUAACAAGUGUUCUUGUGUUGUGUUGUUCUGAAAGAGGGUGUUAAGGUCAGGGAAACAAACCCAUUCUUAAAAUGCUCCCUGUCGACAAAUCGUCUGCGUUAGACUUAAAACUAAAAACUGCCUUCAGACUUUCCCUCCGUCAUCGACUUGUAUUCUCUCCUAUUGGCUUGAUGUCGCUCACUGUUGUUUCUUCUCGACCAAUCAGAGGGAGCGUUCGACGAGGUCACGCCAAACCAAUCAAGGAGAAUAAAUGUACAAAGAAAAAAUAAUUUAUAUUUUGAUAUGUUAUGUAGUUGCAGAAACGUCUCCAUGGUUCACAGGGAACGUGACAAAUACAAUUAUGAAAAAAAUACAAUAAAGGGUGAAAUUCGCUCUUUGGGAGGGAGGGAGGGAGGGAGCAAAAUAGAUCAUGAUGGUUGGAUUAUAGACUGAAUUGUGAGAAAACGGAUGUCAAAUAUGAAGAAACAAAAACAAAUAACAAAAAAGCCAGAGGAAAAAAUGAUUAAAAAUGCAUUUUUGUAACUUUGUUUACCAGCAUGAAAACUUUGCAUGACUGUAUUUUCUGCCAGCCCUUAGUUGAAGUGAGGAGGGCUAAAAUAAUAAUGAAAAAAUAUAUUAACAGUAAGGAUGUUAAUAAAAUGAACAAAUAAAAAAACAUGAUAUGCAAUGGAUAUUUAAGAAAAUAAUAUAUUUAAAAGAGCUAUAUUUUGUUUUGAAAUAGGAAGAAAAUGUGAAUAAAUUCUGACUGCGAGCUUCACACAGAACUGUUUUAUUAGUUUAAGAAUAGAAAAAAAUCGAAAUGCCACCCGUAUCUGCUCCAUACUGCCCCAUGUAAUGUUCCUGUUUGGUUGACAUGUUUCAUCCGUUCCAUCAGAACGAACGCCCCGGGACAUGUAGAUUUCGGUUGUGUAUCUCUAUGUAUGUACUGUAGAAGGGGGCUGAGCAGUGUGUUUUUUUAUUCUGUAGACCUGAAAUGUUCAGCUAAUGUUCGUCUGUGUACAGCAUUAGUUUCCUCUGUAGCCAUGGUAACAACUGUGCUGAUUCUAGAACCCUCUGUAAGUGGGAUACGGCCCCUUUUCCCAGCAUGCUUAGGGGCCGAAAGCAUUUCAUCGUCUUCAUUUUCUCUCAUUGGCAAUAAUACGAAUGAUAAUCCAGAGCUCUUCUCGGUGGAGAGACUGUAGCAAGGCGAAGAGGAGACUCGUAAUAAUCUCAGCAUCUUCCUUAUGAAUGGGUACAGGAUGGGAAACCGAUGUUCUAUUAUCUCAGGUGUAAUGUGAGAAAGCUCAGAUCCGCACCAGACUUCUGCCUGCUGGCUUGCCGUCGCUUGUCCGUUUAAAAAAAAAAAAGCCUUUGGUUUUUGAAACAGACCUAUAAAAGCACAGUUGAUCCUCAGAAUUAAAGCAAAGAAGUCAUUUGCAUGACAUGUCUAUUUCUUCACAAGCAGUUGGGACGGAAAAUAAAGUUUGAGCUUCCAGGCAAACAUAGACACCGCAAUGAGCCAUUAUCAUUUUAUUGUUCAUUAUUUGGGAAAAAAAUACUUUGUUUACACCUAACUGAAGUGUUUAAGCAUUGUAGCACUCCAGUGACUAUGUUAACAUGACAGGCAGAUAUAGGAAUGGUUUGCCAUCAUAGACACACAUAUACAUAGAUGCCGUCUUUUUCUGAACAGUCAAAGCUGGUCUGUGAACACACGAGAUCAAGUGGACUGACCGUCAUUAUACGUAUUAAAUGUAUAAAUAUCAAAUGCACAUAUGCAAUACAUAUCAGCUGUAGACAACCAACACAGUCUUCCAUGUAAAACGUCAUCCCAUUUCUUGACACAAAAUCGGAGGAUGUACGACAUUGUGGCAGUGAGUGUUGACUGUACCAAAAUGUUUGGAAUGUGGCAUCUAUGUGUGUAUGUCUAUGGUCCCCAUCACAUUUCUAAGUGAGGGAGCUUAAAAGCAGAGCUUCAUAAACUUGCUCGAAUCAUUCAUGAUGUUGCAAUGAGAUGGACUAUGCAAGGCACGUCAGCUGUUCAUGAAGGGAGCGAAUCAACCAAGUACCCUUGAAUAUGAGCCUUGACCUCAUUGUAGGUGUCAAAACUCUAGAUGGAGCGCGUCGGCUAAUUGAGAAGUCAACAGAAACCAGAAUAAACCUCAAAAGAGAGACGGCGUGAAGGUUGAAGCAGGUAGCGGUCUGGUGUCACGGCUUUGAGUUCUUCCAGGUCUGCUGAUAUCAUCAGAUUAUAUGUGGAACGCAGAGAACGGAGGUGGAGACACGACCUUUGGCAGAAAGACAAUAUGACACGGCUUAUAUUUUAGAAAAUCAUACCAUGUGAAAGCGAGAUGUCUUCAUGCUGGGUCACUGGGUCCGUUCCCACCCCAGAAUGAAACCUUAUAGGCCAGAUCUUUGUUUUAUCUCUUCCAAAGUUGUGCAUAUUUAUAGUUUUCUAACUUAUUUUGGUUAUCAAUUUAUUGAACAGUUUAUAUUUUCUACAGUUUUGGUUUUCAGUUCUUCACUUUGUCCCAUAUCAAAGGUUGUUCAUGUAUUUUUAAGACCACCUUGUUCACCCACCCACACAC